GCCCAGUCAAUCCUCUCUCAAUCUCUCCAUUUCUCUCUCCUUACUUCAGCAAGCUCGGAACAAAAUCGCCGGCUGAAUAUGGAGACGCACGGCUUGGCAUUGAUCUGCGCUGGCCUCGGCAUAGCGGAGGAGGACGACGACGGCAACCGGAUCGGCUACUCCAAGGGCGAGCAGUGCCUGGAGAAUCUGAAGGAUUUGGUGAGGUUUUUGAGGCGUGAUGACCCGCAGACGCGGGAAGUGUUCAAGCAAGUUUGCAAAUGGAAUAUAGUCGCUAAGGAUUUGAUUCCUAUGUUUCAAUACUGCCAGGAUGAUCGGGAUUUGGUCUUGAACGCAGUGAAGGUUUUUGUGUUCCUGACCAUGCCAAUCGACCCUUCCUCGAAUGAAAUCCCUUUACAAUUGGAGUAUCUUUGGGGUCUGAAGUCUGCGAUAACGAGUAGCGACACAGUUGCUGUCAUUGUUUCGCUUUUGGAAGGGCCACUUGAAGAUUUGGAGCGUGAAUUAUUCACGGAGGAUGAUUGGAAGUUGGUUCAGUUGGUGCUGACUCUCUUUCGGAACAUCCUUGCAAUUCAAGAUGCUUCAUUGCCUCAGAAAGUUGGGGGAUCAGCUUGUCAGUUCCUGUUAUUGAGAGAUGGGUUUCUUGAACUCCUGUUCAACGAGAAUGUCAUGGACCUGAUCUUAGUAUUGACUCAGCAUGUUGCUGGUUCACGUGGCUUCCUUCGUCAUGAUAACUUACUUCUUCUAGAAGUUUUCCAUUACAUUUUUCUGGGGCAAGAUCCAGAUUUGAUUGCCAAAGCUCGUUUCAAGGAUUCCGAGGACGGUGGAGAGAGCAUUGCUUCUGUUGAAAAUCUCAAGUCCAUUAUGGAAGAGGAAAAGAAGAAACUUAAACAGUGCAGAUCACAGAAUAUUGCUCGCCACUCCCAGUUUAGUGGGACGUUUUCUCGGAUCACCAUGGAUGGUUCUACGACAGUAUGCAAAGGAAAACCUGCUGCUGCUUCCAAUGCUUUUCAUAAGCCUCAUGCUAUCCAACGGGGUGCGUCUAAAAAGAUUGUUUGGGACCAUGCCAAGUUUCGUGUGACGAAGCAUAAGAUCUUGGAAUUGCUACAUGAUUUCAUGGAACAGUUUCUUUCAGGAAGUUAUAACGUUUUGAUCCAGUCAAUUCGUGAAGAUAUCCAAAAGGAACAAAAUGCAAUCCAGAAGAACGAUAUCAUUGUUUUCUUCCAAGUUGUUCAGUUUGCCACUUCUUAUCAAUAUUACAUGCUCUUGAAUUCAAAGCCGGAAACUGCAAGGGAUUCUCCUCAAGCCUCUGGCUUCCCUGCUGAUAGUACAGUAUUCACAGGUGAUGUAUGUGGACCGAUUGCAGAAUCAAUGAAGGAAUCAAUGUUUCUACUUGUCAUUUCAACGUGGCGGGAUGCCUUUGAUUCUCUGAAGCAAACACAUGAAUACAAGUUACUUUCUGUAGCAGGUUCACUUAUGAAAAUUAUGAUUCGCAUUCUAGACUUGGUGCUUAAGCUACUGCCUGAAAAUUCUAAAGAGCCUCAAACAGCUCGGAUACUGCUUUACAAGUUAUUCUAUGAUCAGACUGAUCAAGGGAUGACCCAAUUCAUCUUGAACCUGAUUAAAUCGUUCAACACCCAUAAGCAAUCUAAAAGUGAUCUUGCAGAUUUGGUGGAAACAGUUCAUGUUAUUGUAAGAUUGAUGGGACUUCUUCAAACUCGUGGCACUAUGAGGGUUUCUAAGGGGUCAAGGAAGGUUCGAAAGAAGAAGUCCUCAAGUGAUCAGAGACAAGACAAAGAUUUACCUAGUGGAGGUGAAGCUACCAUUCAGAAUGGGAAUGAACAGCCACCUGAUUCAGGAAGUUUGGAUAAAGGAAGUCAGGAAAAUGGAACAUCUAACGAACACGAUGGCCUUAACGCUGCUAUUCCUGCUGAUCAACCAGAGAUAACUGCAGAGAUGGAUGGGGAAUCCAGACACAGCUAUUCCUACUGAUCAACCAGAGAUAACUCGACAGAUGGGAAAUCCUGACACCGGUAUUCAUUCUGAUCAACCAGAGAUAACUCCGGAGAUGGGAAAUCCUGACCGCAAUACAUCUCCAGAUGAUAUAAGGGCUGAUCCUAAUCCUAUAGAUGAUGAUCUCUCUUGUUGCUCGGAUGAUGAGUCUGCUGAUGACGAACCUGUUUCAACCUAUGAAGUUGAUUUUAAUGUCACAACUUUCAUGAAAUCUUUCGCGAACCAUAGCUUCGUUUGCAAUUUAUGCUGGUUGCUUCGAUUCUAUAAGAGCAAUUCCGUCACAACAAAUCACUACAUCAUAUCCAUGCUGCGGAGGAUAACAGAAGACCAGGACCUUUCUCCAAUGCUAUAUCAGUUAUCUCUACUCACAAUGUUUUAUGACAUUCUCAAUGAGCAAAAGUCGUCUCCGUGCAAGGAAUAUGAAAAUAUUGUAGAGUUCCUUACAACUCUGGUGAGGAGAAUGUUGAGGAAAAUGAAGAAUCAACCCCUCCUCUUUCUAGAAGUUCUCUUCUGGAAGUCCAGAAGUGAAUGCAAUUACAUCAAUGCAGACUAUUUAGUACAUGAGCUGGGCAGUUUGAGAAGAAAGACAAAAGAUUUCUUUGGCGCUUCAGCCGAUGGAGAAGUUGGUUCAUCAGGGGCCACAGGAUGGGCUCCUAGAAGCAUUGCUGAUGCUCUGGGUGAUGAUGAAGCUGAUGUCGUGAUCUCCCAUGACAUGGAAAAUCAAAAUAUGGAAGACAAUUCAAAUGAAUUGCAGAAUGAGAAGGCGUCAACUUCUGGCAGCAGUUUCUCCAGAAAGGAACUUCCAAGAAAUAAAAGAUUUGUGCUGACGGAGGAAAUGGAGCUACGGAUCAAAGAUCUCUACGAGGAAUUCAAGGAUGAUGAGAAAUGUUGUCAUCGCAUCGCCGAAUCCCUAGAUCCUAUUGGCCGAGUUUCACCAACACAGGUUUUAAACAAGCUAAAGCAGCUUGGGCUGAAAGCUUCAUUAAAGAAAAGGAUAAGAAAGGCCAGGGGAACAGAUUCUACUGAUCCUGAUCGGCCCUCUCAAAGUGAAAAGAUCACAGAGGAAGAAACCUUGCUCAAGAAAUCCACGGGCGCUAGGAAAAGAGCGCCGGCUAUUGGCAAGGAUCAGGAAGAAAAAAUCAGAGCUUUAUAUGAGCAGUUCAAAGGAGAAAAACGGUGCAGCCACAUGAUCGCAGAUGCUCUGGCACCAGAAGGCAGUUUCACAGCUGCACAAGUUACCCGCAAACUCAAGCAACUUGGGCUUCAUGUUCCCCAGAGGAAAAGGUCCCAGACAGAAGCCAGCAUGAGAGAUGAGGAAAUCAACGAUGGACAUGAAUCUGAAGAGGAAACAUUGAUGUCCUUCAAGAAUAGGAGAGCCAAGGAGGUCCAAGACCGAAAGAAAAGUAGGAAACUCGCUCCAGAAGCAUCAGCGAGUAGAAUUGAGGUUCCUGGCGGUGCCAUGGACCAUGGUGAAGGAAUUGAUCAAAAUGAUACUUCUGUGGUGGCUUUUCCCCUGCUGCUGCUGGUGAUGACGAAGCUAGAGAGCCAAUGGAAGAUGAACUGGACGACAAUAGUGUGGAUGUUUCUCCAGCUGAUGAUGAUGACGACGAUAGUGAACUCAUGGUGGAUGAACUGGAAGACGAUGACGUGGAUGCUUCUCCUGUCGAUGAAGAUGAUUAUGAUGGUGGACAGAUGGUAGUAGAUGGAUUGGAGGAUGAUGGUGUGGACAUUUCUAUUUCCAGUCCACAGAUGGGAAGUGCAGUCUCCAGAAGGAAGUCGAGGAUGGUAAUUGAUCUUGAAGAUGAAGAUGAAGAAUAAAACAAGUGCAAGCUCAUUGGCGCAUCAAGCCAUAAAGUGACUUCCAUGUUAUCUAAUCCAUGAUGGGGUUGCGUGGGUGGCAAGAUUCAGAGGUGCCUUCUCUUGGAUUAUUUUCCUUUUGUUCAGAUUUUUUUGGAUAGGCCAUUUGUAAAUGCUUCCUGUCCAGAGACGUCUGAUUUAUUUUGGUUGUAAUCGCAAAGAAUUUUUGCAUCCUUCAUUUCGAUUGCGUAUAUAUAAAUAUCAAAGCACGCCAAAUCUUUACAGUAUCAUAUCAGUAAGAAAGGAUAUCAGUUUUUUCACCACUGUCCAACCUCCCAACUAUAAACUUAAUCACAACAUACUGUCAGUCCUCGCAGGCAGGCGUCGGAAGAAAUUGACGGGAGCAGCUGGUGUCUUAUGCCUGAACUUGGGAUGCCUCAUGGUAUAGAACCCAACCAGUAGUGCCAAAAUCUGGAAUGGAGUCCCAUACAACACAACAGCAGCCACAAGGCAGAACGUCACGAAUAUCGCAGUGGCACGUGGAUCCCUCCAGCUCAGCAGCGCCUGAAUCCUUUCCCCUUGAGCCGCCACAUCACCAACCACCGUCUGUAUCCUCCCUGCCACGCUCCUCAGCCGAUCAUACCUCAUCCUCACAAUGUCAGAACCUUUCGUCGUAGGGAAAGUGUCAAACUCCUCAUCCAGCUCAUCAGGAUGCACCGCGUCAGCAUAAGAGAUCCUCGUGUUCAUGUGUGGAGGAUACUUGGGCCGAAAUCGGUAGUUCCACAGGCCGAUCAAGAACAUGUAGAGGAAGACCGUUGGGAGAAUCAGCUCGGGGAAGCAGACCAACAUCACAAAGAGGAGAUGGACCAGUACUGUGGUCACAGGGUUCCUCCACAUGCACACAUCUCCGAACCACUUCCCGAUGGCAAACAGCCCCGAGAAGACCGACAUCAGGCGGAAGAAGUUGGCCUUGCUCUUCCUCAUGCUCCAAAGAUGAGAAUGUGCGUCGGACAUGUACUCUAUGAUCUCUUUCCUCAGUGGUGGCUCUGCCCGGCUUAGCCUCGCUGCAACUACGUUCACCGCGUGGUUUCGCAGCAUGUCCUGCUGCGCUAUAGGCAGUGGCUUCACGUAAUGCAUCUUUGGGAGGAGUGGCUUGGAGUAGAGGUACAUCAUGUUUGUGAAGGAUGUGUAGGAGAAUCGGAUGGCCAGAUGGAGCUCGCCCAUCUUUUUGACACCUGAAGGGUGGAGGACUAGCAGUGGGUAUGAAUGUGUGUAGACUCUGCCCGUCUCGAGUGUUGAGAGUCUUAUUCGAACCUUGCCAAUUUUCGAGUCUCUGGUGGUGGCUCCAUUCGAGUUGGAAUUGAUCUGGCUGUUAUCAAAGACACCAACGGUUAGGACCGUUGCAGGGUCAUAGACUUCCCAUGUGUACUGCUCGUUGUACUUGGGGCUUAAGCUAUCGAUGAUUGUUCGAGUCCUGACCCAUUUCGGUCCAUACUUGGCUACACAGUAUGUAUCUGAUGUCCCUUUCCCUUCUCUCGUCUUCAUGGGAUGAAUCCCAUCAGCAUUGAGAAUGCCAAGCUCCAAAACACCGAUUGACUGCUUCCAGAGCUGUUUGGCUGUUGGUCGAAGGUCGCUGCUGUAGUGGAUUGGCUCGUCUAGGACGUGGUACCCUCCAUCCAGCACUACCUUGAGAUGGAGUCUGCUGGAGAAACUCCUACCUUCCUGGCGAUCAUCCGUGGGAGGUGUAAUGUACUUCUCGAGGGUGAACCAUUUUCCACGGACGAAUCGAUCAUCAGCACGCUUCUCAACAGUGGUCAAGGGGAUCACAACUUUACCUAUGCUCUCGUCUUUGUUGGGCGCAACACGAUCUUCGACCGAGAGUACCAAAUGCUCAUCAAAGGGCUCAGCAGCAACGAACAUCAAGUCCUCAUUCCAAACCGGAUUCAUCGUUCGACCUUGAACCAUCUUCGUCCUGAAAACUUGGUUCCCCAUUUGUACCUUCACAUAUGCAUCAGGGAACCGGUUCUUGUCCUGUGCUACAAGGUCUUGUGCCUCGAUCACGUUGACUCGAACAUACCACAAUCUCGGAGAGUGAUACACCUUUGACCGGAGCUGUGAAGAGGCAGUGGAUGAAUUGCCGUCUUUAGGAGCGAUUGCAUCAGAAUGCCAAGCAUCGGGGAAGGCCUCAUCAGCUUGUGUACCAUACCAAACAGCAAGCAUAAGCUCCCCAACUUUCCUCCUGUCCCCUUUCCUGUCUUCAAGCCGAUACCACUCUGGAGCCAACGGGCUAUCAGGUGGUACCCUAGUGGGGAUCUCGUUCAUGUCAAACCUCACGAGCCCGACGAAGUCAUCAAGUAAUGUGUCUUUAUCUUUGACCACAACUUCAAGAACAGAUGACUGCAACCUGUCCCUUGCGAAUGCAAACACCUCAUUCCACUCUGGGUUUUGCCUCUUCUCAAAAUACGUUGUCCUGCCUUUAUAGUUCCCAACUCUCACCUCAACAUAUGGGUCAAGUCCACCUGUGAUAUCCUUCUGAGGAAGGUCAAGAGCUUUCACAACUCUCACAUAAAGGUACCUCAUUUCUUCGACAAGGUUAUAAGUUCCGGAUGGUCUAUCUGCACGUAUGACCCUCCCUUUUACGACUCUUCCACCUCCAAGAUAAGGACUUGUCUCCUUGAGUGAAUAAUCAGGUGGUUGUGGUGCUGCUCCAGGAAACAUACGAACAGUUCUUGGGGCCGAUGGUCCAGACUUCAUCUCGUGAGCCCCGUAAUUCACCUGUGGUUCAGGAGGCCCAGAAUUCAUUUCCCGUUGUUGUUUUGGCUUAGUUUCCUUUGGGAGGUGAUGGAAUGUGUGCCUUGUGUCACCUUUGUCCCUCGAGAACAAUUUCUGGACCAUGUUUGAGGGCUGGCUAGUUUUCAAUCCAUGAGCUUCAGUACUUGUCUUCCUUGAAUCAGACUCCAUUGCAGGAAGUGGGUUGGAUGUUCGGAUUGAAGGGUCAUCCGUGACAAAGACUUUCAAGCCAAGCUCCCCUUUGACACGAGAAAAAACCCGAUGCUUCUCCAGCGGGUAGUGCAAGACAACAGCAUCGGAAUGAGGGACGAACGAUGUUCCAGUAAGGCGAACCUUCCCGAGGCACGUCUUGGAGUUGUUGUUUUCCCUGCUGUGGUUGCUGUAGACAAAGGCUUCAAGGUUGAGGUUUUGGAGGUUGUUUGGUUCAGAGAUGUUGAAGUAGAAGCUCUCGUUCCAAACCGGAUUAGCAUCUCUGUCCUUGAUGGUAGUUCGGAACUUCUGAUGAUCGAAAUGGAGCUCCACGAAAGAGAGGGAUGUACCACCUUCUUUGUCUUUCGAUGCAAGGUCAUGAGCACCAACAACUUCCACUCCAAGCCUUAGAUUACUCAUGCUAAGUAACUGGCUGAGCUCAGGAAAACCCUACCCUUCAAUUGCAAGAAGCAGUCAAUUCUGUGACAAGACCAUAUCAAACAUCAAUGAUUAACACUCCUGAUCAGUUCUUUCACAAGGCCAACCAAGUAGGA